GCAUGAGGUGAUAGACGUGGUCGUUAUUAAUAGAUUUGGAUUAGUUACCAACAAACAGGAGUGCUUACGGCAGCAACAAGCAAAUUCCCCGAGAAAUCGACUGGCAAUCAUGGCGGCUGUACCGGAGGUGGGCAUUGAAGUAGACCCUAAGAACUACGAUGGGGCACUUCGAGAUGUCUUGGAGGUUGUCCGCCCUGCUUGGAAAAGGGAUGAUAUUCACUUCAAGUUCCUCGUCCAGGGUUACAUGAACCAUGUGCUGGCAUGCUACAUCGACGAAGACAACAAGAACGACUGGAUCGUGGCAAGAAUCUUCGGCACUGAUAUCGAAUUCGGACAACAAAGAGAUGUCGAGAUAAGAAAUUCCAAACUUUACGCCGAACGGGAAAUAGGUCCUCCUGUCUACGGUAUCUUCAAAAAUGGACUUCUAUUUAAGUUCAUGACGGGAAAGACUUAUUCCUGGACUGAUGUUAUAUCAGCGUUUCGGGAUAUCAAACUUUGCAAAGCGGUUGCCCGGGAAAUGGCAAAUAUCCACUGCGAGAAAAGUUACAAGUUGGCAAUAGAAAAAUAUGACAUCCAUCAAGCCAAACGUGUUGAAGACAUUUUUGAGGAAAUGUUGACUAAACCGUGGCCUGAUGUCAUCAUUGACGAGGAAACUACUAAAUGGUUCACCAGUGAAGUGCCGCCUAUGGAAGAACGACUGAGGGAAGUACGAAUGCUGCUGGAACGCUUCAAAGAUGAUAGCAUCACCGAAACGUUUUGUCAUGGUGAUUUUAACCCAACCAACGUUAUAUACGACGAAGAUAACGACAAAGUCACCAUGAUUGAUUUCGAAAGCAGCAGCAUCAGUUACCCCACAUAUGACUUCUCUGCGUUUUUUUCAACCGCCGCCUCAGGUUUAACGUCUGAUCCCGAAGGUAUGAUGUUCAGCCCAGAGUUCAAGAGGGACUUUCUUUAUGAAUACCUAAGAGAGAGGAACAGACUUGACGGCGGGCCGGGAGAAGUCGAUGAAAGGUUGCUGGCUAAAUAUGCGGCCAUGGUCGAAGUAACAGAAAUCUGCAUGAACUACUUCUGGUUUAUCCUGUCUCCGAUGAUGGCACUUGCACCGCCUAGGCAUGGACAUGACAACAAGUUCUUCUUACGCUUUGCCUUAGGACGUCUUCAGUAUUACAACAGACACAGGGAAAGAAUGUUAGCCAUCACAAUUCCAAAGUAGAAGACAGAGCGUUCACGUUUAUUUGCUAUCGAUCGUAUACUCAAAACCGCAAAAGAAAACACUUCUUAUGUCUCAACAUGCUAGAGUUGUUAUUCAAAUACAUGUAUGUCUAUCUAUUGUCUAUUUUCAUUUCACGCGUAUGUUUCCGACUAUUCAUGAUAGACAGAUUUCGCAACCCUUACGAAAAAUGAAGUUCGACGAACGGAGGUCUGUAGUGUCAUCACGACCUGUGCUAUCCAUUUUACACGAAAUCGUUAAUCAUCUUAUAGUUGCUUGAGGAGAAUGCGGCGUCCUCUUUAAAAAAAUCGUCGAUAAAAUGCUUUUACAUACCUCGUACUUCCUCGUUCAGAGCUCUUCAUAAGGCUCUACCAAAUGUACCUCUGGGCUUCGACGAUGAAUAAAUGCGAUAGUUGACUCA